AUGCACGCCGACGAUGACAUGAUGCUUGAUAUCGCGCCAAUCGUUGGUGUUGAGAGUAUCUUUGUUCUGCUGCUCAAUGCUGCUGACGCGGCCGGAGAAACACUUGGCGUGCGCUUUGAAUACACACACUUGUUGAGCCGUGUCCAUAACUGUUCACUUUUUGUGAGGUAUCAGACAUGA